ACGUGAAAAGGAAGAUGACACACGUUGAUUCAUGAUGUUGCAGAGAGGUGGGAGUGCCUGUGCUUCUGCUUCUGGGUGGAGUUUGCGUGCGGAACCAUCUAGCGUCUUACCCUUUUUUGCAACUCCUUUGCUUCUUACCUUAUCUCUGCUUUAAACAAUCUUACAAAUUAAAUACAUCAGAGUUCCCCAGUGAAUCAAUCCAUUUCUCGACCUGUGUGUGCAAAUAUACUCUUUUUUGGAUGUCUAAUUGUGGGUAUUGAUUCUUCCAGCGUUGUGGGUGUUAUUUGUUUACUUCACUGUAAUCUUGGACUGAGCUCUGUUCUGUUUCUUGACUCACCGGAAGACAUUGGAAUUUGCAAGAUUCUUGGUUUAUAAUGGAAUGCAGCUGUUUUCUGUGAAGAUUUGAGAGAGCAUUGAUAAAAGAUGAAUAGCAGCAGAGUCAGGACUGUGAAAGCUCAGGGGAAGCAUGAAAAAGUAAAUCAGUAAUCACAAUUUCCGAAACUCAAUCGGAGUCUAAACUGGGUCCCGUUUCAUGUUUGGUUUUAUUUAUAUUACUUUUAAGAUUUUGAAAAACGGUUUCUACUGUAGACUGUAAUGUUAAUUAUGGCUUAAGAUGGGAAAAUUGGUUUUCACCGGAAAAAAAAAGUACGGCUCCGAUUUCGAUGAAGAGGCUCCUCAGGCUCCGGGAGCUGGUGUUUUUUUAGAAUCCGAGAUGGGUUUCAGUUUAAAUCUCCGAUCUUUGUUGAAUUUCUAUUGAAUUUCAAACCGGGAUUGGAAAUCCUCUGUUUCACAAAAAAAAAAAGAAAAAAACACUUUAAGAAAUUAUUCUUCUUUUGUGAUUUGAAUUUUUCAUUUACUUAACUCUGUCUCUUUGAAUUUGAAGGGGAAGGCAGAAAUGCAGGGGAGUAAAGCAAUGGUUGCAGCGAAAACAAUCAAAGAACGACGAGCUGCGAGCAAAGAGAGAAAAAUGGCUUUGCAACAAGAUGUUGAUAAACUGAAGAAGAAGCUUAGACAUGAAGAGAACAUCCACAGAGCCCUGGAGAGAGCUUUUACCAGACCUUUGGGAGCCCUUCCUCGUCUUCCUCCCUAUCUUCCUGCUUCUACGCUGGAGCUUCUAGCAGAAGUGGCAGUGUUGGAAGAAGAGGUUGUUCGUCUUGAAGAACAGGUUGUGCACUUUAGGCAGGACUUGUAUCAGGAAGCUGUGUACAUUUCUUCAUCAAAGAGGAAGGCGGAGAAUUCUGCUGAUGCGGGUGAUCCUUGUCCUGAAAAGAGCCCCAAACCAGAGCAAUCUAAGUCUUUAGCUCGAAAUGUGUCCAUGACAAGGCAUUUGCGACGUCUCUCUGCUGAUGAUGGGGGAGAAAAAGAGAAUCACACAUGUACUAAUUCUGCAAAGGGCAAUAAGGGGUCCUUAGGGCAUAAAGCUCAACCAAUAAGAACUCCAGUGAAGAAGAUGGACUCUAAAGCAGCAGAGAAGCGUUGUGAUCCUCAAAAAUCACAGACAGAAUGUCGACCAAGAGACCAGGAUAAUGCAGAUGCAAGGAUUCUUGGCACUCCAGAUGAGCAACUCAUAGGCAGUGAUGGCCCAAACAAAGUUUCUGAGGAUAUUGUAAAAUGCUUGUCAAGCAUUUUCUUAAGAAUGAGCUCAACAAAAUGCAGGACAAGUGCAGAAAGUUUUCCAGCUCUAUCAAUGCUAGGAUCUCAAGAAAAGAGUGAAAAUAUGCAGUUUUUUGAUCCUUAUAGCAUUUGUUCAGAAUUUGGAAAAAUGCAUAUUGGUCCAUAUAAACGUUUAAUUGCCAUUGAUGGUGGUUCAAUCAAUCCAAAUAGAACAUCUAAUUCAUUAUUUCUGCUGCGCAGGUUGAAACUUCUCCUUGGAAGACUUGCCUCCGUAAACUUGAAGAACCUCACCCAUCAGGAGAAGCUUGCAUUUUGGAUAAACAUAUAUAAUUCCUGCAUGAUGAAUGCAUUCUUAGAACAUGGAGUACCAGAGAGUCCUGAGAUGGUUGUUGCAUUAAUGCGAAAGGCAACCAUAAAUGUGGGAGGACACAUGCUAAAUGCAAUCACCAUUGAACAUUUCAUUCUCAGACUACCUUACCAUUCAAAAUAUACAUUUUCAAAGGGUGCCAAAAAUGAUGAAAUGACAGCAAGGAGAGUAUUUGGUUUGGAGUUAUCUGAACCGUUGGUAACAUUUGCCCUUUCCUGUGGAAGCUGGUCCUCCCCAGCUGUGAGGGUGUACACUGCUUCUCAAGUAGAGAAUGAAUUGGAAACAGCGAAAAGAGAGUAUCUGCAGGCUGCAGUAGGAAUUUCAUCAAGGAAGUUUGCCAUCCCUAAGUUGCUAGACUGGUACUUACUUGACUUUGCAAAGGAUUUGGAUUCCCUGCUGGAUUGGAUUUGCCUUCAACUACCCAGUGAGCUAGGAAAAGAAGCAAUUAAGUGCUUGGAGAGAGCAAAGAGUGAGUCCAUUUCAAACUUUGUCCAAAUUAUGCCAUAUGAGUUCAGUUUUAGGUACCUUUUCUACACAUGAAUAGCAUUAGCUUAUUUAAGAAUUUUAUUGAAAUGGUUUUAACUUCAAGGGCGUUCAAGUAACAAUUUUGUACACAGCCACAGAGUAAAUAUCAAGUAGUGGAAGAUUUGGUCAUUGUUGGGUUUGGGCAUGUAAUUAACAAAUACAAUUGAGAAAGGUUACACGAAAAUUUUUGAUUUC